GCUAGCAUUAUUAGGCCAGGCAACUAUCUCGGCCAUAACGGUUGUGAAUCAAAUCCAAAUCAGCCCAUUGUCUCCCCUAAACACCAAUCAACGGUCAAAACUCAAACAAAGAUUUAAAACUCCGAUCCAACGGCCCCACAAAACUAGCCGUUACACGAAGAGCGUACAGAACUCAACGUUUUCUUUCUCAUUUCUUCUCAUCCUUUCUACCAUUUGAUUCAUUCAUUGCAGCGGUUCUAACCCAAAAAAAACACUGAGCGAUUCCGAAAACCCAUUUGUCCCCGGCGAAGUGUCUCCUUUUAGAGUCAGAUUCCGAUGGAUUUGAUCGGCAAUAACGCCGGAGCGGUGACUCCUGUUAAAGAUUCGCACGGGUCUCGAUCCAAGAACCCAGAAAUUUUGAGAUGUUCGGAGAAUCUGAACCCCAAUGUUUCUCCUGGUCCGAAAACGACGAACUCGCCAGUGAACAAAUCGGCCAAGUCUCAGAAAUCGGCGUCGAAGAAUCCGAACCCGAAUCCAGUCUCUUUCUCGCCGCGUAAUAAGAUCCGGGAAAGGAAGUUCGUAGUGGCGAAAAAGAAGAAGAACUCAAAGAAAGAGAAUGUGGCUCCGAAAGUUGCUUGCAAGUGUAAAGAGAAGGCCGUUGGGGGUAACCCCAAGAAGUGUCUUUGUGUGGCUUAUGAGAAUCUCCGGGCUUCGCAAGAGGAGUUUUUCAAGAGUCGUGAUUCCAUUAGUGGCGAAGUCUCAGAAUCGAACUAUUCGAAGGCUGUUGAUAGAGCUGAGAGUGAACUGGAAGAGGAAAUAGUGAAGGGUUUGAUGAUUCAAGACCUUCACGUCGAUGAUGGGUAUCAGGGGCAGGCAGGAGAAGGCGAGGGUUCUCUUAUGAAUGAUUUUAAUGAUGGAGAAUCGGGCGAAGUUGAUUCACCAAAUCAACUAGGUUGCUCAACGGUGAAGAGAAGGCGGGAUAAGUUGUUGGAAGAAGCAAGGAACAGUGCACCUGAGUGUGGAAAAGUGAUGCAUUUGGUUCAGGCCUUUGAGAAACUUCUUUCCAUACCCAAGUCUAAGGAGUCCAACGAUCAGAAUACUGAUCAGGAACAGGAAUUAGAAGAGAGUAAAAAGCCAACAAAGUGGGCUUUACCUGGAUUACCCCCUCCUAUAGUUCCUGAAACGCAUAUUUCACCUUCAUCGUUUUGUCCAUCCGAGUUAUUUUUGACAUCUGAGAAUCUCGGUUUGGAUCCAAGAGCUUCGGUUUCGUCUUCUUGGGAUGGCAGUCUUGGAAGUGUUUCAAGCAGGAGCUCCUCUAAUGGUGGGCGAAGGAGUCGAAGAAAUAGCUCAGAAUCGAUUAGCACAAUUGGUGGUAGUAGAUGGAAGAAAAAGAAGCUCAAAGCCACUUCUCAGAAACCAUUCAAGCUAAGAACUGAGCAAAGGGGAAGAAUGAAGGAGGAGGAAUUCUUUAAGAAAUUACAGGAGAUCAUAGUUGAAGAAGAGAAGCAGCGGAUACCAGUUGCUCAGGGCCUUCCAUGGACAACAGAUGAACCAGAGUGCCUUGUAAAACCUCCUGUAAAAGAGAGAACAAAGCCCGUGGACCUGAAGCUUCACAGUGACGUUCGAGCAGUGGAACGUGCUGAGUUUGACCACCAGGUAGCGGAGAAAAUGACCUUGAUGGAAUUGUACAAAAUGGAAAGAGAGAGACAACAAAGGAUGGCAGACGAGGAAGAAGUAAGAAGGCUGAGAAAGGAACUCGUUCCUAAAGCUCAGCCCAUGCCUUAUUUCGACAGACCUUUCAUUCCAAGAAGGUCGAUGAAGAAUCCAACAAUUCCCAAAGAACCCAGGUUUCAUAUUCCUCAACAGAAAAAGAUCAAGUGCUGCCUGUCCUGGAAUGAUGCCAGCUCCUUCACAUUCCAACAACAUUGACAAUAGCUUGAAGAAAGAAAAAAGAAGAGCAUUUUAUAGAUAUUCCCCUCCCACCAUUCUCUUCUGUUAUUCAAUUGUUAUCAUAUGAGAUUUUCUAUACCAAUAAAAAAGUCUUAGAAGAAUGAGCUACCUGCCCAAUAUAGCCCAUUCAUUGUCCAAUUGUUUUUUUUUUUUUUCGUUUGUGUGGCCCCUUCUCAGUACUUGCCACCAGUGGGAUUUAUGUGUAUAAAUUUUGUUCAAGAAGAGAGAGAGGGUUUCAGAAGGUGAUCACAAAUUGUUUGCACGUUCGUCCAAAUAUAUGUAUGCCCCAAAAACAAGUUACAACUC